CGAAACAAGUGGAUGUGGUGGUGUUACUCACACCAUCACCCGACGUACUGGUGACAUCGUUAGAUGAGUUUUUCUUUUGCAUCAAAGUAGCACCGUGUUUCACCGACGGUUUUACCGCGCCAUUUUUUAGCAAAGUUUUUACUAUUGUUUAUUGCUUUUGCGGCUAGCAGAGAGACAGUGUUUAUGCGAAGGAAGUGUUAGCAAAUUUUGCAAAGAGCUUUCCAACGUGCUUGUAACGAAGCACGCAACCCAGCAUGUACUUCUUUUUUGUUUUAGUCUCGCUGAUGGUUGCUAACCCAGCGUUAGCAUACCUAUCAGCGGGCAUGAAGGAUCAGUUUCUGUCGGAUAUGUUGCUCCGGGAGCUUGUCGAUAGGAUGGGCAAGGAUUUGGCCGAAGCAGCCGACUCGUACAUUGAUCCGGCAGCCAUGGACGAACUGCCCGCCAGCCGUCUGGCACUAAUGGCGCGUGUAACGAAGGAUCUAGAGUCCGAGCAGCUGGACUACGACGCCCUACUGGACGGUUCGAAUCCGAACCCUUCGCCGCGCGAUCAGGAGUAUCUGCAGCACAGUUCCCUCUGGGGACACCAGUACGUGUCGGGUGGUGCGGGCGAAGGACCCAACCGUCCGAAGCCACAGGUAAAAACUGAUGCGAGCCUUCCGGCGUACUGCAACCCACCGAAUCCGUGCCCGGUUGGAUACACCGAAGAUCAAGGAUGCACGAUGGAUUUCGAAAAUACGGCGGCGUUUAGCCGCGAGUAUCAGGCGGCACAGGACUGUAUGUGUGAUGCGGAGCACAUGUUUAACUGCCCGGCAACGACACAGAACGAAGGCAACCCGCAAAUGGACUCCGACCUGGAAAACUUCAUUGCUCGCCAGUUUCACACACAGGAGCAUAAGAACUUGGUGGCCAAAAAGUUUCACGUGAAGAAGAACUACAACCCAUUCUUGCAAGGCGAAAAGCUUCCGGUCGCCGCCAAGAAGGGAUUCAACGUGAAUGUUUAGGUGGUCGAUAAGGUAAAAAAAACACCACGCAUUCCAUAUCAUGAUAAACGACCCAAUGCAAGGUAGUCAACACCGGCUGGAGAUGACUAUCGGAACGAUUAAUCCCAUAGAUUGAAGAACCACAAACGGACAACGGCAAUGGAAAACUACUAAUCAUCGUUCACUUCUAGGCAAUAAGACAAAUGCAAAUACCGACACUCAACUUACGACACGCUAUACGUAAAAGCAUAACUAAACAGUGCAUUUUGACGAGUGCGCCUUAUUUUUUUACUUUAAAUUUUUUGCCCUUUCUUGAGUAACGACUCGUUUGCUUCCGUAUGUAACCCAAGGUCAGAGCCCGAGGCAAUUUUCUCGGCUGUUUCUUAAUGUUGGCUAAAGCUCCACCACGUUAGGUGGAAUGUUUUCUUUGUUUGUCUAUCGUGAUUAGAAAGUAUUUCUUCAAUCACUUUACUACUGGAUUAUGGGCCAUUAAGUGAGGGGCGCCUGUUAAAGUGUUAAAUUUUCGUAGAAUAUAUUAUCAUUCCAGAAGCCAGAAACUACACGUAGAACAGCUAAAUGCAUUCGUAAAUGUUUCAUGAUGUUACGUUCAACAGCAGAUGCAACUGACAGAACGUGUGUGGGAUACAGUUUUCCCGCUGAUGUUUAUUUUUCAUAUAAAGCCAUUAUAGGAACGCUUAGUACAGAGCUUUCGAGAGAGCCACAAGACGAUAAUAUAAAGUAAAAUGAAUCAAAAUGUACUAUCUUUUGAAAAGCGUAGCAGAGCCAUGAUAUAUUCUUGAAUUAGAAAAACCGUUGCUAAUCCGGAUGCUUGCCAGUCAUGCACUUACGAAAUAUCAUUUGUUAGAACAUAGAGAAAUAACAAAAACCCAACUAAUGUGCAAUAUUAAAUUCAAUUGUUUUUCAUUAUCCACGCUUAGAGGAUCGUUGUGGAGUAGUGUUUUUUUUGGUACUAGGCUUGAAUCAGGAAGUGUCUACUUCUAUUAUAAUCGUGGUCAAUUUUAUCCGUCAACUUGUGCCAUAUGAGACCUGAGAAAAUUUUCAAUCGAAUAAUCACCUACCAACAUUGAACGGCAACAGCCGUUUUAUCCACUUGCUUCUGUCAAGAUUCUUCCGAAGCAUCUAUCUCUGUAUUUGCUGAUCGGUAUUUUGUGCAUCAUAUUAUAGAUCCAUCGCAGAAAUUGCUUAAAAAUUGGUAGCUAUAAUCGCCAUAAACUCAACCCGCUACCCAUCCAGAUGUGAUGUCAGUUCUAGUGGAUAAGCAUUCAUUCUGAUGACCUGCUCAGUGAAGUUGAAUGUCCGUGUCUCUUUGCUGGUGCCCAAAACAACAUCAUGGUGCCCAACAAGAUCGGGUUCGAUAGCGGGUUCCUCCCGUGGACCAGUAGCCCUACCAACAUCUGGGGUAGUUAUCGAAGGGCGCCCUUGAGGCGUGGAAAUCUCUUUGGUUUGAGUCUCAUUAAGAUGAGGACUACUAUUAGACAACACUCACAUCUGUACGAGACAAGUUAGCAAAAAUGCUUGCGUCAAUGUCGUUGCACAUUUAUUCUAUCCUUGAUCACACUUCCUUCCAUGGAAAGUAAUCUACAACGAUGGCUUUUCUCUUAUUCAAUUUUCGGUGAGGUGUUAUAAUGCUAUUCGCAAUGCCUCUGAACAAAAACAGAAAACAUAUUUGUCAUUUUGAAACUUGAUGCCAUUCCAAAUAAUUGUAAUUGCACUUGAAUUAGGAUAAUUGUAAGAUACUUUAGCUUGAUGAAAGUUCAUCAAAUUGUAUUGUAGGAAAACACAUUGCUUCAUGAGAGGAGCAACAUGAACAGCUGUGAAUUUUUUUGACCCAAAAGCAGAAACAUUUAAGAUCACGUCGUUUCGUGCUUGUGAGCCGCGUUACACCAUCAAGAAGAUCAGGUUCAUGGGUCAGGGAAAUUCACCAACAAAAACAUGUGGGAGAGCAAUAAGAAUAACGACUAGAAAUUUGACUAUAACUUCUUCGAGAAAAAAAACGAAACCUUUAACAUCAACAGGCAUGAAAAGAAAGCUUUUGUCUGUGGCUGCGCAUAAAAACGUAGCCGGACGAAUGCUGACAUAAAUCAGAAAUAUCAAACAUAGUUGAUCAAUAGGUGUGUUGCGCUAUACGAUCGAAUCGAUUGAUUGUGGUAUCCAUUUCUACGGUCUUACCAGCUCGACCGUGUCCUUGGGCGAACGUAAAACGGAAAGCCAUGAUCUGCUAACAUCACCGAUCGAUUGAAGGAAAGUGUGACGGCAAAUGGGAAAACCACAUACAAUUCCAUCAACUUUGAUUGUCCCAUUUGCAUUUGUGCGCAUUUUCGUUUGAUCGCCGUUUCCGUUCUCGUGAGCCGUGUGGACGAAUUCCAUUUCCAAAGGGGCACCACUGUUAAUCGUGCAACACGACCGUUUCAACCGUUGUUUGAUACAACUUACUUCACCUAGAAACAUUAAGCUAAAUGCAAACAGUUUACACAAGAGAGAUGUACACGAAAAUGAAAUACACGAAACACACAAACUUACGAAUACAGUAUUAAUAAAAACACGAAAUUUAAAUGCUAAGGCGCAAGGUGGAAAAAUCAAAUGUAUGCUAAAAGCAACAUAACAAUUCCAUAAACACACCAGAAAUUACUGUUAGGUAUUAAGAAUGAACAAACUGUGUAGGAAUGUGUAAGAACACAUUAGACCUGUAUGUUAUAUAUUUGCAUUACGAUAGCAGAGAGAUUUGUGGCGAAACAGAUAGAGCGGUAGUAUUGCAAAAGAGAGCAGAAUAUAUAUAUAUACACACAAAUAUAUAAUCUAAUUUUGUAUUUAAAUCUAUAAAUAUUUAAAAUAUAUACAUAUACACAUGCAACAUUCACCUUAUAUACAGAUGUUCUGAGGCAAAACAAACACUGAGGCCAGUUAAAACGUGUAACGAGAUCAUAAAAUCGGAAUAAUGAAGCAUCUUCUCAGCACUUCGGUUAUUUUAAAUAAACAUGACAAUAUCAUUAAAUAAUUACAACUUAUGAAAGCAUACAUUUAAACAACCAGCAGCUUUACGAGCAAAAUUGUCACAGUGGGAGUUGAAUAAUUUAAAAUCCCGUUUAAACGAUACGUGCAUGUUGUAUAUCUCACCAACAUCCGAGCACACAGCUAAAAUGGAGAAUGGAACUAGCUAAAAACGUAUGUCACGUACUUAUUGCUUAAAUUGCUUUUUAGUGUUUAACUAUAUCCGUUUAGAACACCAGAACUCAACAACAACAAAAAAACGUAUAGAUGAGAAGGAAGAAAGUUAAUUCUGAACAUUCCGGUACACUUCAGUACGUUCUUUAAUCCAGCAGCAAUCCAGUAAGAACAAUCUCUCUGGUACGGUGCAUUAGUUAACCUUGAAUUAAGCUUCUUAUCGUAUCGAGAAUGAGAGAAUGAAAUAACCAAUGGCAGCUACUGUAAAACCCCAUUUUAUAACUUUAUCGUCUUUCACAUGUGGAACACUUUGAAACUUUAUUUCGUUUACUAUUAUAAGAGUGUUGAAACAAUAUGAAAAUGACUCCACAUUCUCUUUACCCCGUUUCAUGAAAAGCGCAUAUAUCUUUCGUUAUAAACUAUACGAUCGACGUAAGAGUAAUACAGAUUCACGUUAUUUACCGAAAGCGUAAACUUCCCAAUUGGAAGGAUGUAGCUGGAACAACCAAUGUUUGCUCUCCACAAACCAUACACAACAAUAGAGUUCGAUGAUAGCAAUAGCGUACGAUAUAAAGAAGGGCAGAAUUAAAACAUCAACAAACAUACAGCAGCCACCAGUCUCGGGCACUGCUCGGAACAAGGAAGUUACUUCUUUCUGUAAUACAGCAUGAAAAGGAAAAAGCGAUAGCAAACCCGUAUGAAUGGAGGAAAAAUACACAAAAAUAUAAAAAAUGACUUGAAAAUUAAAAAAAAAACUAAAUAGAAAUAUAUCAUAAACCUUCUGUGUCGUAUUUAUGCA